AUGCAUUCCGCAUGGAUUUGGGGCCUCCAUCGAGUUUGGGAACAGUGAGAGCCACAGCAGUACGGGAAUACUCCAUGAUUCCAUCACUCUCCGCUCAACAACCACGACAACGACAGCAAUAACUACCUUUAAGAUAGGAACCAAUGGCCUUUCACUGACUCACAUCACAACCAAACAACACAGAAAAGGGAAACGAAGAGGUCAUUCAUGGAGGUUAAAGCCAGAGCUCCAGGCAAGAUAAUACUCUCAGGGGAACAUGCUGUUGUUCAUGGAUCCACUGCUGUUGCCGCCUCUAUCAACUUAUACACCUACGUUACUCUCCGCUUCUCCACCCCUUCCGACGAUCAGGAUUCGUUGAAACUUGUGUUGAAGGAUGAGGGUUUAGAGUUCUCGUGGCCGACUAACAGAAUCAAACAAGAAUUUCCGGAAUCAUCAGCUGAGCCGCAAUCUCCGGCGCCACCCUCGUGCUCCGUCGAGUCUGCCAAGUCUAUUGCAUCUCUCGUUGAAGGACUCAACAUUCCUGAGGCCAAGAUCGCUAUUGCUUCUGGUGUUUCUGCUUUCCUUUGGUUAUACACUUCCAUUCAUGGAUUUAAGCCUGCUACUGUGUCUUUCACUUCUGAACUUCCCAUGGGUUCCGGCCUUGGAUCAUCAGCCUCGUUUUGCGUGGCGCUGGCGGCUGCCUUGCUCGCCUGCACUGAUUUUGUUUCUCUGGAUUUGAAACAACAAGGAUGGCAGUCUUUUCAGGAGAAGCAACUUGAUUUGGUAAAUAAAUGGGCUUUUGAAGGCGAGAAGAUCAUCCACGGAAAGCCCUCUGGAAUUGACAACUCUGUUAGCGCAUAUGGUAACAUCAUAAGUUUCAAGUCUGGUAGCAUGACACACAUGAAGGCAAAUACGUUACUGAAAAUGCUCAUAACUAACACCAAAGUAGGGAGAAACACGAAAGCAUUGGUGGCUGGUGUUUCAGAGAGGAUGCUAAGGCACCCGGACGCAAUGGCUUUUGUGUUCAGUGCUGUUGAUUCUAUUAGCCAGGAAUUAACCUUGAUUUUGCAGUCACCAGCAUCAGAUGAUGUUCUCUCUGUAACGCAGAAAGAAGAGAAGAUAGCGGAACUGAUGGAAAUGAAUCAAGGUUUGCUCCAAUCUAUGGGGGUUAGUCAUGUCACAAUAGAAACUGUUCUUAGAACGACAUUGAAGUACAAGUUGGCUUCUAAAUUGACCGGAGCUGGUGGUGGUGGCUGUGUUCUCACACUGCUUCCAACAUUGUUAUCAGGUUUCGUUGUUGAAAAAGUAAUUGCUGAAUUGGAGUCAUGCGGGUUCCAGUGUUUCACUGCCGAAAUUGGUGGGAAAGGUGUUGAAAUUAACUUUGAAGUGUCAUCUUGAUCUUUCUCUUUUGUCCGGAAGGAUUACCAUCGGUGAUUGAAGAUCUUCAAAAUAAAUAGCAUGAAAAUAUAUGCUUCAAUCUUUUUGCAUGUAAUUUCUAGCAUAACUUUGGAUUUGUUGGUACUCGGAACACAUUUUUUUGUAACCGUGAAUUGGUGAACACGUAGUUCUUAACACCACAAUUAAUUUUUGUUCCAUACUGAUCUCUGUUAUUAGCACUAGAAACUCUUCCUUUGCAAAUGGAUGGCAAACACAUAUAUUUGGUUUGAUGGUUUCAAUUACGGUUAUGUAAUUGAUUAUUUUAUGUAUUUAUUAUUGGUGUA